AACCUGACGGGCGCGCGGUGAAUAAAGCAUGUCUUAAUUUUCACUUCUGAAAUUGCUACGAAGAGAAAACACCAUUGCAGCGAUUAACAAUCAAGUAGCCCGGACUUCCCAAGCAGGCGCACCCCGUGGCAUGGCCCUGCGCACAUUUGAUUCGACUGCCCUGGUGUUCAGGUUGCAUGAGAGCGCCCCCCAGCUAGUUCGAGAGGUACUUCUGGAGCGCGGUUGGAUGGAGUAUAAUGGGCAAGAGCAGGAAGAGGGGGACUGGAACCUGUACUGGCGGGCUUCGGCAUUCCACAAUGCAGACUUCACAAAUGUUCUGCCCUGGCAGAGACUUAACCACCAUCCAAAGACACUGGGAAUCACACGCAAAGACCACUUAGCCAGAAAUCUCAAGAGGAUGAGGUGCACAUUUGGCUCUGCACUUUACAAUUUCAGCCCCACUGCCUAUAUCCUUCCAAAUAAUUAUACAACGUUCUUGGCAGAGUACACAAAGAGCCGACUGAGAGAUACUGGAAAAUCUGGAUACUGGAUCUGUAAGCCUGUAGAUCUGUCGAGGGGAAGAGGAAUAUUUAUAUUUGAGGACAUAAAAGACUUAAUGUAUGAUUCUCCAGUCAUCGUGCAAAGGUAUAUUAGCAAUCCACUGCUAAUAUCAGGGUACAAGUUUGACCUUCGGAUAUAUGUCUGCGUGAAAAGCUUUCAUCCUCUAACCAUUUACAUCCAUCAGGAAGGCUUGGUGCGAUUUGCGACGGAGAGGUAUAAUCUCUCCUCUUUGGACAACCCGUUCUCACAUCUGACUAAUACCAGCAUAAACAAAUUGGGCCCUUGCUACAGAACUGCAAAGGAAAGGGUGGGACAGGGGUGUAAGUGGACUAUGAACAAGUUCCGCUGCUUUCUGCACAGCCAGGACAUUGAUGAGCGACUCCUCUGGCAAAGGAUCAACACUAUAGUUACACUCACCUUGCUCACGAUAGCCCCGUCUGUUCCUUUUUCUCCUAACUGUGUUGAGCUUUUUGGAUUUGACAUUCUCAUUGAUGCCAACUUAAAACCUUGGCUUCUAGAAGUCAACUACAGUCCUGCAUUGACCCUGGACUGUGCAGCAGAUGUAACUGUAAAAAAGGAUGUUCUCAAUGACCUCAUUGAUCUGAUGAACUACAAGAAGGUCGAUGUCCUUAGACAAAAAGGUUACCAGCCGACCUACUGUCAGGGACAUGUGUCUCCAUCUUCUACCAUCACACCCGUAUUGUUACGUCCCAAGUCAAAAUCUCUUCCAAGACAGCAGAGCAAUAAUCCAUCCAGUCUACAUUCAAACGUCUCCCUGCCAUUUCUUCAGCAGAAACAAAUCAAUUCACCUGACAGCAGCAGAGGUGAUUCUUCAUGCUCCUCCGUUAAUUUCGUGCUCAUCUCGAAAUCAAAUGCAGUGGCUGCUCUUGGAAGUGAAGGAGGACAUUUCCCUCUCUUAAAAUUACCAGGAUCUGUUACCCAGCCGGACUGUACUGACAUAGAGGUCGUGAUGGAAAACAAAAGAGUAUUACCACCAGAAGCCAAGCAGAACUCAAGGCACUCAUGCCGGUGUCUUUGUAAGCUACCUGCUAUCUAUGUUCAAAAGUACAGGCUUCCCAUCUUCUCCUGGAGGGCAAAAUUUCAAGAAAGCGGUAACCCCCCUUUCCGUGUUGGUGGUUUCAUUCUGACUUUCCCUUUCAAUGAGGUCACUCUAAAGGCUUCCAAGGACAAUCUCAAUGUGAAGAUCGCAGUUCAAGAAGUUCACAAGCUACUAACUUGGUUGGCGUCACCCUGUAGUCACAAAAUGAAGAGACAGGGGGAGGGUGUUCUGGACCGGGGGAGGAAAUCAGACAGCUUCCCAGCACUGUUUUGGGGACCUAAGAACCUGCCUCUCCUCAGUGACCUGCUGCAUCACAAAGUGAUCAAAACACACAAGUAA